UUCUUUUUCUUUUCCUUAUCAAGUUACUAUGGCUUCCUUUAAGACCUUUCAAAGAAAAAGUGAAGAAAAAUGGUUUGUACAUUCAUUCAUUUAAUACUAAGUGACAAUAAUGAAGUGUCCUUAUGUCUGAAUCUUGGUCCUUUCACUUGUCUCUUUUUCAAUCUGUGACACCAAUUUGUCUUCAUGUGUUCAGAGAAAAAAAUAAUCACACAUAAGAAAAAUUUGUUGUUGAUGAGUUUCUGAAUGUUUUGUGGCAACAAAAAAAAUUGAUUUUGAUCAAUUAGGUUGAUUUUGCAAGUGGCUACAAACUCUUAAGGAUUAUGGAGAAGAACCAAGCUUCAAUGAUCUAAAUUUCUCUCAUCUAUUGCAUGCUUUUAGCUCACCAAUGGAAAAUAAGCAUUAUUCAAAAGUGCUUCUAGUUUUAGUUACAAUUUUUGUUUCAACUUCUUACACAAACCAACUUCAUCUUCAAUCCUCACAUACUCACACUCUUCUAAGACUCAAACGCCUAUUAAACUUCCCUUCAAUUUUAAGCACAUGGAAUUCAAACACAGAUUUUUGUAACACAGAUUCAAAAGCUUCUCUAACUGUUGUAUGCUAUGAAGAAACCAUAACUCAGCUUCACAUAGUCGGCGAAACAACAACAAAACUUCUUCCAAAAAACUUCUCACUGGAUUCAUUUUUCGCAACACUAUCGCGAAUUCCGUCUCUAAAAGUCCUCACACUAGUUUCCUUAGGGUUAUGGGGUCCGCUUCCCGGAAAAAUCGCGAGUUUAUCAUCUUUGGAGAUUGUUAACAUGAGUUCAAAUUUUCUAUCUGGAACUAUCCCUCAAGAGCUUCCAUUGCUUUCGAAUCUUCAAGCACUCGUUCUCGAUAACAACAUGUUCGAUGGACAUUUGCCUGAUUGGUUGGAUUCGUUUCCGUCGUUAACCGUUUUGAAUUUGAAACAAAACUUAUUCAACGGUUCGCUUCCUGAUUCGUUGAGUAGCUUGACGAAUAUGCGAGUUCUUUUGCUUUCUGGUAACCGUUUCAACGGAUCCGUACCGGAUUUGAGCCGGUUGGUUAAUCUUCAAGUAUUGGAAUUGGAUGAUAAUGGUUUUGGACCUAACUUUCCUAGAAUUUGUAACAAGUUGGUUACUUGCGUUCUAAGAAACAACAAGUUUAGGUCUAGUUUACCUGAUAACAUGAGUUCGUAUUAUCAACUCGAGAGAUUCGACAUCUCGGGAAACGCGUUCGUUGGACCGAUUCAGUUGGAAUUGUUUUCGCUUCCUUCGAUAACUUAUCUCAACAUUUCGAGAAACAAAUUGUCAGGAAUGCUUUUUGAGAAUCUGUCAUGUAAUUCGGUUCUAGAAGAAGUUGAUCUGUCUUCGAAUCUCUUGAGUGGAAAAUUACCGAAAUGUUUAGUAUCGAAUUCCAAUGAUAGGAAUUUCUUGUAUGGUGGAAAUUGUUUAGAGGAAACAAAUCAAAAUCAAAAUCAACAUGAACAAUCUUUCUGUCACACUGAAGCUAUAGCUGUUGGAAUAGUUCCUAAUGAGAGAAAGAAACAUAAAAGAGUUUCUAAAACAGUUCUUUCUUUCGGGAUAGUUGGUGGAAUUUUCGGAGGAUUUGCACUCGUUGCAUUGAUUUUUAGUAUCAUUAGACGAAAAAACGGUAAAAACAUGAUGAUGAUGAAGAAUUCUCAAACAAAAUUGAUAUCAGAAAAUGCAGCUUCUGGAUACACUUCUAAGUUAAUCACUGAUGCAGGGUAUGUAUCUAAAACAAUGAACUUUGGAAGUGUUGGUCUUCCACCUUAUAGAGCUUUUUCCCUAGAAGAGAUUAUGGCAGCUACUAACAACUUUGAUGCUACUUCUUUCAUGGGUGCUGAAGGUUCUCAAGGACAGAUGAAUAGAGGCCAACUAAAAGAAGGUUCACUAGUUGCUAUUAGAAGUGUAAAAUUGACCAAAAGCUACAAGACUAAAGAUUUCAUGCAGCACAUAGAAAUGAUAUCGAAAUUCCGGCAUCAUCAUUUAGUUAGUGUUCUUGGACAUUGCUUUGAACAUUACUUAGACGACUCAAAUGUCAGACGCGUAUUUAUCGUCUUUGAGUAUGUACCAAAUGGAUCACUCAAGAGCUGGAUCUCAGAUAGGCAUUAUAGGAAGUCGCUUACUUGGACUCAACGCGUCGCUGCUGCAACGGGAGUAGCGAAAGGGAUUCAAUUUUUGCAUACGGAGAUUGUUCCUGGCAUAUACUCGAACAAUCUCAAAAUCACAGAUGUUUUAUUGGAUCAGAACUUUGUCGCCAAAAUCAGUAGUUAUAACAUGCCAUUGUUAUCGAAAAGUCCUAGCUUUAGCAAAAGUGUAAAAAGUGAAGAUAAGUCUGAUAUAUAUGACUUUGGUGUGAUACUAAUGGAACUCAUUCUAGGAAGGACUAUAAAGUCGAGAAAUGUCGAAACUUUGAAGGACUUGUUGCAAGCAAGUAUAAUAUCAGAUGAUGAAGCUAGAAGAAGCAUUAUAGAUUCGUCGAUUCGUAACGCGUGUUUGGAUCAAUCAUUGAAGACAAUGAUGGAGAUUUGUGUGAGGUGUUUGGUUAAAGAGAUGGAAGAAAGGCCUUCUAUAGAAGAUGUUUUGUGGAAUUUGCAAUUUGCUUCUCAAGUUCAAGAUGCAUGGAGAGGAGGAGAGUCUCUAAGUAGUGAUAGCUCUCCCCUUUCGCCUUUACCGUCUCGUCGAAUGAACUUCCAUUAGUAUCGGUCUUGCAGUUGAAAUUGCAUUUUCAAACUCACUUCAGUGCCCGAUUGAAGUUGCAUUUUCAAACUCACUUUAAUCCAUGUUUGGAUUGACGAUGAUUUUGGCGGAAAAAAUAGAUAUCAAGCUUAUUUUUUUCAGUUUGGAAGAAAAAAAAUCAAAUAGGUUAAAUUUAUCAUAUGCCACUUAAAAUAUAUUUGAGUUUAUAUGCUAUAUUUUAUCAUUUAUACA